UUGAAGGAGUUACUGACAGAAGAGUUCCUUUAUAAGACUUCCUCUAUCUCAUACGGUUGAACAAUGUUUUGUGCAUUUAUUUCCUUGUAUUUAUUACAUUUGGUUGAUGGAGUAAAUAUAGUGUCAGCGAUGGAGGGAGAUUCUGUCACUCUACACACUGAUGAUACUAUCAGAUAUAAACCUUAUGUACAGUGGAGAUUUGGACCUGAAAAUACUAUUAUAAUCAUUCAAUUUAAUGGGGGGGGACCUGAUAUUACAUAUUUUAACGACAAGAGAAUCAGAGACAGACUACAGAUCGACAAUCAAACUGGAUCUCUGACUAUCAGGAACACCCGAACCACAGACUCUGGACUUUAUCAACUCAUGAUGAAAUACAGGCUGUUAUUCAAUGUUACUGUGUAUGCUCGUCUGCCCAUUCCCAUUAUCACCAGAGACUCUUCAAACUGUUCAUCAUCAUCAUCAAGCCAGAUUUGUUCACUGAUGUGUUCAGCUGUGAAUGUGAGUCAUGUGACUCUCUCCUGGUACAAAGGAAACAGUUUAUUGUCCAGCAUCAGUGUGUCUGAUCUCAUCAGGAGCGUCUCUCUACCUCUGGAGGUGGAAUAUCAGGAUAAAAACACUUACAGUUGUGUGCUGAACAAUCCUAUCAGCAACUGGACCAAACAUCUGGACAUCAGUCAAUUCUGUCAGACAUGUGCAGACCGCGUCCACUGUUGUGGUUUCAUUGAAGCUGUGAUUCGAUUGGUCAUCUCUGCUGUGGUGGGCGUGGCUACUGUUACCAUAGUGGUUUAUGACAUCAGAUCCAGAAGAGCUGAAAAAAAGCGGAAAACAUCAGUCAGUCCCUGA